CCACUGUGACAACGAACCGCACAUUCUGAGAGUUCAGCAUUGUUCCCCCAUCCCAAUGAUCUCCUCUUUUUUUUUUUCCUGAACCUUAUUCUCUUCUUUACUGUAUGAGUGCGUCUAUCCGAUCAGGGUUCGCAGGUGCUCCCAUGGGCCGCUCCUGUGGCGCAGGGGCAAAUCCGAGUGAGCAAGACUGGGAGCGCCAAGCGUUUGCGCGCAUUACUAACUGGUACAAGUGGUUCCGUCGGCAGUACCCCGUCGAAAUGGUGGGCAACAUCGACGUCGCCAAUGAAAUCUUAAACUUCGAUUUUGAGAUGGUCGACGAGCCCAACACCCGGGAUGCUGUGUGGCUUGAAGCACUCCAGCGCAAGCGGUAUUGCUGUCCAGCGCCUGGAAAUCAAUGUCAGAGGAUUUAUACUCAGCAUCCGCCUAGGCUGUUUCCUUGAUAUGUACAGGGAGAUGCAGCCCUGUAGUGGAAGGGGUCUGCUACCAUCAUUAGCGCCAGGCAAUAUAUACAUUAUACAUACUAUAAGUACCUUCUGCGAGCUUUGUACACCGUUUCCACCCUGCAAGGCACGGAAUAGACUGAUCUAUCGAUCAUAUCCUGCGGGAUACAUACCGCGCCAUGAGCUUAAUGAAACAACCUCAAGAGGGAUUAAUUGCUUAUUAUCUCGAGUACAAAGUUUGAUUUCGUUAUAUCUCUCCAUCGAUAAUAUCCAGAAUCUGUAUUUUCUCAAGAACCGGC